AUGAUUGCUCUCAGUCGAAAGUUACUGCAUUUUGUAUCUGUAGUACAAAUAAGCAAUAUAGCUAAGUGUAGUUAUCGAACAAGUAAUUAUAGUCUUAUAAGAUUUUCAGGUCCUACAUUCAAAAUGUCGGAGGUUGAAAAAUCUGCUAUCUCUACACCUGGCGGUGAUACAAUUUUUGGUAAAAUUGUUAGGAAGGAAAUACCUUGUAAUUUCAUAUACGAAGACGAUCUUUGUGUUGCAUUUCAUGACAUCAAUUCUCAAGCACCUGUUCAUUUUUUGGUAAUACCGAAGAAACCAAUUGAGAUGUUAUCUGCCGCUGACAGCUCUGAUGAAACGUUACUUGGACACUUAAUGUUGGUUGCAAGCAAAGUAGCAAAAGAACAAGGAUUGAAUGACGGUUUUCGUUUGGUAGUUAAUAAUGGAAAGGAUGGGGCUCAAUCUGUUUAUCAUUUACAUUUGCAUGUCCUUGGUGGCCGCCAACUUGGAUGGCCUCCUGGCUAA